UGCAUACACACACAACACUGCUCACCUUCUUAUUUCCCCUCUCUCUCUCUCUCUCGGUUAUGCAUCCAGGCAACACAAACACACAAGAGGUUUCAUCUUCUAUACAAACCUCAGACUAAAACAAACACACACACACACACACCCAGCUCUCUCUCAUCCCCACAUCCCUCACCUCUUCACAUCCACCCAAACACCCUCUCCCCUCGAUCCAGAAACGGAACGCCACCACCACCACCGUCCGGUGGUGGCGCGACUACAAGACAUGAGAGAGAGACUGGAACGAAGAGAGAGGAGUUGAGGUGUCUGCGAUGGUCCCCGACGGCUUCUCAGUGGCGGCGAUGGCGUGGUGGGUGCUGAUGGGUUGUCAGAUCAAGCGCAGAGAGACAGAGAUCGAGAGAGAUUAGGUUGGAAACGGUGAGCCGACGUCGCCGGCGACAAACGCCGCUCACGGCGGCGGUUCUUUUCCUUCCGACGAGUCUCAUCGAUGGUGGUGGCCGGCGACAGCACGACCACCGGAGCGACGGGAUGAAGGCAGAUGAGGUAUAUCGAGCUAUGUUUCAUUGUUCCGGUCAAGUCUAGUCAACGGUCAACUCGGGUCGGCUGGUCAACGGUCAACACCGGGUCAAACGGUUCAGAUCAGUUCGGGUCGGUCGGUUCGGGUCAGAUUAUGAAGCGGUUUAGUUGACUCGGUCAAACCGAGUCAACUCAAUCAACACGGUCAACUCAGUCAAGUAGCUCCUCAUUUUGACUCGAAGAUGUGGUUACAUUUCAAAAUUAUGGCACGGUUGGAAUAUGAGAACCAUUGGAGAUUCGAGUACUUAGUGGGCGUUCAAUUUAUAGAACUCUUAGCUUAUUUGCUUCCGCUGUGCAAUGAAGAUACUAGUCCAGUCACGCCAGCUCUGAUAAUUUCGGGGUGUGACAGAUUGGUAUCAGAGCUAUAGGUUACAGCGAAUUAGGUUUCUGUAGCGAUACCUAGGCUCUAACCAGUCCAGUCACGCCAGCUCUGAUAAUUUUGGGGUGUGACAGAUUGAUGGUCGGUUCCUGGUCAGUCACGCGCCUCGCGGUUGUACUCCGCAUGUGGAUUUUGAGGGUGUGACAGAUUGGUAUCAGUGCCAUUGGUUAUAGUGAACUUAGUUUUAAAAAGAAAGUCUUUUUGAGAAAAAAACCAGACUAUAACCCGUGACUCGCGACGACACUACACUCCAAGUGCAAGGCUCAACGUAUUAGACCUCAUGGCUCGGACUUGUGUUUACUUGAUUACUUGUUUGGUGUUUAUGUGGUAUUAUAUGUACUAGUGUGCCUAGUUAGAUAUAUACACAUCCAUCUUCUUUCUCAUUCUUGCUACACUACGACGUCACACUCAUACUGUGUUUUCUGGUUAUGAAAACGAUGAGCGGAUGUGGAAGGGGAAACGUUAACAUGACUCAGGAUCAGUUCACUAACCUGAUCAACACGUUGGCUGCAACUUUCGCAGCCCACCCUUGAGGUCAACCUGCACAUGUGUAACCACGUGUCUGUACCUUCAAAACCUUCAUGGAUUGCAAACCUUUCCCUUUCAAUGGCACUGAGGGUGCCAUAGGUCUUCUGCACUGGAUUGAGAAAGCCGAAUCUAUGUUUGCUGUGUGCGAGUGUCCCACUGCUAGUUGGGUGAAGUUUGCUAGUGGUACGCUUGAAGGAAACGCGCUUUCAUGGUGGAAAGCGCAAAAUUCGGAUGCUUGGGUUGGAGACUGCCAACGCCACUGCUUGGGAAGAUUUCAAGAAUAUGAUCAAAGAGGAGUACUGCCACAGGGAUGACAUCCACAAGCUCGAAAACGAGUACUAUGAGCUCAAGAUGGUUGGAUCAGAAAUUGAGACCUACACCAAGCUAUCCAACGACUACGCUACUCUCUGUCCGAACAUGUCUCAGCCUGCAUAUCGAAGGAUCGAGCUGUACAUCAAGGGCUUGGUCCCUGAAAUCCUGAGCUUGGUCACUUCAGCUAAUCUCACCACGAUUCAGCCAGUCAUUCGUCUAGCUCACCGACUCACUGAUCAGGUCGUGGAGCAGGGCAAGCUGCCCAAAAGGAUCAGCGCUACCACUGAAGCUCCAAGUGAUAACAAACGUAAAAUUCUUGAGUUCGCAACUGUUGUAAAGUGAACUUCAAGGAAGUAGGCCCCCCCCACUGCGGAAUCGGAAAAGAGAAUUGAAACAGUUUAUCAAUUACCUGCAAGUGACAGAAGUUUUACCACACAUAUCCCGAGCUCCAGUCAAUACUCAUCAUCCGAAAUGUCUGCACCAGCCAAGAUCCCUGAAGUCUUCGACCUUGACGAGCUGGACAGUUAUUCUGAUCAGGUCCAGAUCAAGAAGGAACCUAGUCCCAAGGCCACCGCUUCAUCCAAACCCAGCAAUUCCAAGGCUAUCAUCCUUCCCAAACCUUCACCAGCUACCAAGCCCCGAAGCUCAAGCUCUCGUAAAAGGAAGGAGCCCGAUUCCCCUAUUAUCUCUGAUACAUUCCCCUACGAGAACCACGGGUUCAUCAAAGCAAGCGGGUUUAUGACUUCUUUUCUCAACCAGGGUCUUGAACAUCUGGUCCAUUUAUAUCAAGAAUCCCGUGGGCUCAACAAGACGCUUGAAUCCAAAUUAAAGAAGGCCGAGGUUACCAUCUCUGAUCAGGGCAUGAUUGCAGCCGCCAAGUCUCGGCACUAUGAGGAGAAGUUCAAGGCUAUGACCCAAGAAUACCAAACCGCUCUCAACAAAGCCGCUCUCCAGGCUCAAGCCGAUCUUGAUGCUGCCCAUGCUCAACAUGAACAGGAUAUGGUCAGCUACCGGGAAAGCCUCAAAAGCUCCGCCGUCACUUCCCUCCUCCAGGCCAGGCUAAAGAUGGCCCAUGAAGCCAAAGCAUUAGGCUUCGAAUGCCCUUCUUGGGACGUUGAUGCCUGGGAAACGAAGCUAAGGAGCCUUGGCGGCACCUCUACUAAGCCUGCAGCUGAAGGAUUUUCAAAAGCAGUGGAGAAACCAACUAGUGCUGAGAGGGAUGCUGAGGCCGAUCCCAACACAGAUGCUGCUGAAAAUACCAUGAACGAAGAAGGCGCCGCCUCCUAAAGCUUACCUUUUUUUUAAAUUUAAGAGUUAUGUUUAUGUUUGAACAAUUUUAUUUCUGUAUUAAGACAACUCGAUAGCCGAAGGCGGACGGAUCGUAGGUUUUAUGAUGAAACCUUCAGUUAUCAACUGGUAUUGCUUAUUUUAAAUAAUUUCUUCUUUCAAUUGGCUA